AUGUUCCCUUCGCAGGCGGCUAAUUUUAACAUUGAAGCCCUUAGCGGCAUUUGCGGAUCGAUUUCUAUUGCCUGUUGGGUCGUCGUUUUCUCCCCUCAAAUCAUCGAGAACUUCCAACGUGGCUCUGCAGAUGGCCUCUCUCUCAUCUUCCUCAUCAUCUGGUUGGCUGGCGAUGUGUUCAACAUCUUAGGCGCAGUCCUACAAGGCGUGCUCCCUACCAUGAUCAUCCUUGCAGUGUACUACACUUUAGCAGAUAUUGUUCUACUGGGACAGUGCUUUUACUACCGGGGGUUCAACUUCAAGGAGGAGCUAUCCCCCUCGUCCACACCGGACCUUUUUUCAGCCAGCGGUACUUCCGAUGAGGAGCGGAAUAGCGCCGAUCAGCCAGCACCAACAGAGAGAUCAGCCCUCAUCCCGAAGCACCACGGCCAGGUCCAAAUCCAAGACCCAACUAUACAUAUAACUGGACAGCAACCCGAAGACCGCACACGCCCACUCUCCUCUGGCAGACGACACUCGGCAGCUUCUUACCAUGAUAUCUUCCACCCAUCAGUGGACGCCACCCAUCUAUCACCCGCAACGCCCUUCGUCGAACCCACAUCUGAUUCCGCGCGCCGCCAUGCUCAACGCGCCCGCCGUCGCCGCAUCUCCGCCCUCCAAUCCGUCCUUUUCAACCUCACCGUCGUCGCUCUAGUCUGUGCUGCAGGUGUGAUGGGCUGGUUCGUCAGUCCGGCAGCAAAGUCAUCAUCAGCAGACCCGGAACCUCUGACGAUGGAUGUUCUGGGUCAAGUAUUCGGCUAUUUCUGUGCAGUUUUGUAUCUUGGGUCACGUCUGCCCCAGCUUCUCUUGAACUACCGCCGCAAAUCAACGGAUGGUGUCUCCCUGCUGUUCUUCCUCUUUGCUUGCAUCGGGAACCUGACUUACGUGCUCUCGAUUCUGGCAUACUCACCUAUUUGCCAUGGUGGGUCUCCCGAGGAGGUCAUGGGGCACCACCGUCACCAUGCGCACUGUCGUCCUGGUGAGGCGGCUGCGCUGUAUGGUCGGUAUGUUCUGGUGAACUUGUCGUGGCUGGUCGGCAGUGCUGGCACGCUGCUGCUGGAUAUGGCGAUCUUUACACAAUUCUUCCUAUACCACGAUGGCAAGGAUGAUGAGGAGGAGGAAGAGUAG